AUGACCAUGGAAAUGGAGUUCAGGUCUGGAGUGGACGACGCAUGGUAUGCCGUCAAAAUUUUGAUGGAAGGCAAUAGUGCGGAACGACUAAGAGUGAAGUUUUGCGACUUCGAAGACGAGUACGACGAGGUGUACGAGGCCAAGGACCUAACAUCAGCUAACCACGUGACGAACUUCCGAUCGAGGUUCAGGCCUGUGUCUGUUCAGGUGCAGGACUCGGAAUGCCCGAACGUGGUGGAGGGCAUGCUCGUGUGUGCCGCCGUUUCUGUUACACCCGACGAUUGCCGCUUCUAUGAUGCUGUUGUGAACCAGGUGAAACGUAAGAAGCAUCGAAGUGUGGAAGGAGAAGAAGAAUGCCUAUGCAAGUUCGUUCUAUUCUGGAAACAUGAGCCAAAGGGUGGAAGCCUUACGACUCAAGUCGUCGGAGAUAUCUGUAGAGUCCAGCCUCGGACGGAAGAAGUAGAUCCACUUCUGGCCUUGUUUCUACAAACGGCAAGGAGUAUGAUCCAAACCAAUGAGUUGAGCCUUGUUCGUCUUGCUACUUCUUCUACAGUACCUCAUGAGGCCUCUUCGAAAGGUUUGUAG